UCUCUUAUGAAACAAAAGUAAUGGAUCGUGCUUCAAGCACUGGGAAUACAGGGAUCAGUUGUAACUUGGAUUCAGUAAAACGCAAAGGCAGGAAAAGAGAGAAAUACAGCACUACGCAUGAACCACUGGAAUUCCCAUCUUGUCGUAUUUGUGGAAAGAGAUCUACCGGAAUCCAUUUUGGUGUGUACAGCUGUGAGGCAUGUAAGACAUUCUUCCGGAGGAGUCUUCUGAGAAGAACCCCAUACCAGUGUGACAAAGGCGGAAAGUGUCAAAUUCAGGCUGAACAGCAGAGAGGAGCAACAUGUCCUGCAUGUCGUCUAGACAAGUGCAGAAAAUUCGGAAUGUCUAAAGAAGGCAUACGUCAAGGGCGUUACACAGUGACAGAAAGAACAAAUGUAAUACUAGAGGUUCACAAACUUCGAAGUCAGACUUGUGAUGAAAAUAUGAGAGUCAACGGUUUUCUUGAUGAAAAUUUACCCAACCACGAAGAUCAGGUCUAUAGCGUUUACACUUCCUCUAAUUGUGCCUUUGAAGAAGAGGAGAAAUCUUCAGAGGAAACAGAGAGUUCAGACAAUCAAUCAUCUUUAUCCCCCGAAAGUAGCUCAAGGUCACCUUUUCAAAAUAACAAUAUGAAUGAUCGACAUAGUUUUACUAUCAAUGAUCUUUCAGAGGAAGUAGAAAGAACAUCAAUUACUCAUGAUACUGACAGUGCGCAAGAGUAUUCAAUCCAAUGGCCAGAUGAAUCGAGAAAUAUUUUGGAGAGAGUCAUGGUCGGAUAUAACCUUCUAGAGCCAUUUACAAAGUCCUUGACCGAUCAAGAAAUUCAGGAUAUCUUACAAGAAGGACUGAAUAAAUAUUUGGAGAAAAUAAGACUUUUUGGCAAGAUGGAAUACAUACCUACAGACCAGUAUAACGAAAUAUAUGAAAAAACACAAAUAGAUGUAGAUGGCCGGAAGAAACUGUUUACUGAAGGAAAGGACGACAUUAUGAAAAUGGCGAAUGACUUCGUGAAGUUUGCUAAGAAUAUUCCAUCCUUCACUGAGUUGCGUCUCGAAGAUCAGGAGGCAUUGCUCAAAGCAUCUCAUUUCGAAUUUUUCACCAUUCUGGAUAAUAGGAAUAUCGACUUAGAAAAAGAGAUGUUAAUAACAUACACUGGUAAGGUAAUGCAACUAUGCGAAAUGUGUCCAUACACACCCAAAGAAACGAUUCUGCGGUGGGGAGAAUUUUCAAAAGAAGUUCAAAAGCUUAAAUUAAGCCCUGAGGAACAUGCUUUGGUUCUUGGAAUUUGUGUGACUUUUAGAGAUAGAUGUGAAUUGGGCUCUCCUGAGGAAGUUGAAAAUAUUCAAGAAAGACUAUUGGACACUUUAGAGUUGACAAUACAAACGUCCCAUCACAAGGACAAAGGACGACGUUUCGCUAAAAUCAUGGACCUUUUUGUACGUCUACGUGUUAUUGGGGAUGAAUACUUAGAAUUGUACAAGGUCAUUUGUGAAGACCAGUGUUUGAAAGACACUAUACCCGAGUUUCUUAUUUACUUGUGAAUGUUCAUAAGAAUAUCAUUGUAGCAUAAUAAGCCAAUUUUUAUAUUGGGAUUUCUCCAUUUGUACAUCCAUUUGUUAUUGAAAACUAGUGGUGUUAUUAUCAGAAAAUAUGAUUGUUGGACUGAUUGGAUACAACUUUUAUGCUACGAAAAAUGUAUAUAUGAAAUC